UGCAGUAGUAAUGUAUAUCCGGUUUGGUAGGAAUAAGCAGGAAUAACGGAGCGCUGCUGCCUCCUCUCCUCCGUCUCACAUUCCUGCUAACGCCAACGGACUGUUUCCCUAAAGGAACAGCUGGAGAACCGCGGGGGGAACACAGCACUAAUAUACAAGGGGUACCUUGGACAUAAUGCGCACAGAAAAUGGAUGCUCCUGAGUAUUUGGAUCUAGAUGAGAUUGAUUUCAGUGAUGAUUUAGCGUACACAGCGAAGAACAUUCCAGAACUUUGUCGGAGAAAUGAUGCACAAGCCGAGGAAAGACAAGCUCCAGGCAUCAACUGGGGUCGAAGUGCCUCAUCACACAGCGGAAGUGGAAUCAAACCCACUGGAAUUGCUGAUGUGUACAGCAAAUUCAGGCCUGUUAAAAGGGUUUCACCACUCAAACAUCAACCCGAGGUUUUGGACACCGAAACUGACAGCAAGAGUCCUGGACAAAAUGUAGAGGGGAACAAAGAAGAAUCGUCCUCUAAAGGGCUGCAGACAGGUGACGCUCCGUGCAAUGUUCAGGGCCUCAAGUCUAAAGCUAUUGCUAAUGGAGCACUUUUUGGAGAGCUGGAGCACUACGACCUGGACAUGGAUGAGAUACUGGAUGUGCCUUAUAUUAAAUCCAGCCAACAAAUGGCAACCCUGCCCAGAGUGGCCUCUGAGAAGCGCACCUCAGGGAGUAGUGCCGGUGAUAGGUGUCUCGGCAUCAAGGCAUCAUCCCUCAGCCACUCUGAAAGCCUGGCCGGCGGGACGCAGUACUGCGUGCUCUCGCCUGUUAACUGGCCAGACAUGAGGAAGUCCAAAUCCAUGGAUCUCAGGGCACAGACGGUGGGAUAUGACCUCUCCCCAAGCUCACUGCACUGCUCCAUAUCAGAGGCAGGUAAACUGUUACCCAGCAGGCCCUUUCCAGACACACCAACCCAUAAAGCAGGAGCUGAUGCCUCUGGCAGCCAGCCUUCGAUCCCUAAUCAGGGAAGUGCUGCGGGAAGACUAGACAGUAGCAAGUCUUGGAGCGGACCAAGAGCAUUCGGAGAAUGUGAUGAAGAAACCAAGAAGUCUCAGAAUAUAAUCAAUAUUGUCAGAGAGGGACAGAUCUCAUUGUUGCCUCACUUUGCGACUGAAAAUCUGGAACUGAUAAGAGACGAGGAUGGGAACAAUCUUCUUCACAUCUCAGCAGCACAGGGCCAUGCAGACUGUCUGCAGCACCUCACCUCCCUCAUGGGCGAGGACUGUCUAAACGAGCGGAACAAUCAGCAGCUUACACCCGCUGGUCUGGGUGUCAGGAAUGGACAGCUGGAAUGUGUGCGCUGGAUGGUGAGUGAGACAGAGGCCAUUGCAGAGCUCAGCUGCACACGAGAACACCCCAGCUUGAUCCACUAUGCAGCACGAUAUGGACAGGAAAGGAUUUUACUGUGGCUUCUACAAUUCAUGCAAGAACAAGCCAUCUCCCUGGACGAAGUGGACCAGAAUGGGAACAGUGCAGUGCAUGUUGCUGCUCAGUUCGGUCACCUUGGCUGCCUUCAGACUCUUGUAGAGUAUGGCUCGAACGUCACCAUUCAGAACCAGCAGGGGGAGAGGCCGUCCCAGUGUGCCGAGCGGCAAGGUCAUACCACGUGCUCACGCUAUCUGGUGGUGGUGGAGACCUGCAUGUCUCUAGCCUCGCAGGUCGUCAAACUCACCAAACAACUCCAUGAACAAACUACAGCAAGAAUCGCCAUCCAAAAUCAAGUCCAGCUGCUUUUCCAGUCGCAGGAUCCUAAUGGAAGACCGCGAUCACCCAGUUCACUUGUUCCUCCGGCUGAGGCUUGGCCUGAAAUGACGCUGACUGCGGAGGGGACCCCCGGAAACGGGCAGUGGGUGCUGAGGCAGCGGAAUGUGGAGUCGGACACAGUCCUGCGCAAGCUCCUGGGGAAGGACAUCGCUGAGAGGGUGGGCUCCAAAGAGAAGCUCAGUCUGGAGUUUCAGGAAGGGGCGGUAGAUGGCGCAAGUGGCUUCGCAGACUCAGGGACAGGGUCUGGCGCGGGGCAGCAGAGGAGACUGGGUGUGGUGGAGAGGCGGGAGCUGAAACUGGCCCGCCUCAAACAGAUCAUGCAGCGUUCACUGAGCGAGUCAGACACGGACGCGUACCCCCCGGACGAGUCCAAGCAGGCCACUGGCACCUCCAAGACAGAGAGGCCCACUCAGCUUCCCAUAGCGGAGAGCGAGGAACCUGCGUCUGGGGUGCAAUUACUGAUGAAGAAGAAUACCUCAUCCUCAGAGCGCAAGUUCUCCUUUGCGCUCAGGACUUCCAAAUCCAUGGACGGAUACAACAACCCCUCUCCCACAGACCACAGUGAUAUCGACCAAGAAACAAAGGCCGACCUGUCGGGGGACUCGGCCGAAUUUAGCAACGGGCAAAAAGUCACCACAAGUCCAAAGAGCGCUCUCAAAUCUCCCUCCUCCCGCAGGAAAACCUCACAGAACCUUAAACUCAGGGUGACUUUUGACGAAGCGCCAGUCGUCCACAAAGACGCGCAACCAGCAGAGGUGGUAAAAGGAGCUUCCGGUAAAGAGAAGUCUUCAGAAUCAGGGAAAAGACCCUUCGGAACAUUCCGCUCCAUCAUGGAAACUCUAAGCGGGAAUCAGAACAGCAACAACAAUAACACUCAAGCCACUUCUGCUGGCAAACACUCUGUUAGCAGUUCAGCACAAGGUCAUUCUGGGAAAAAACAAGAUACCAAGACCAGUCCAGGAGGUCUGUCCAAAUGCAAAAACAAGACAAGUGCUGUUUAAGUGCCUUCCUGAAAGAGCAGAGCAGUGCCCUAUCGUCACUUUUUCUUAAAGCGUUUAGUAUAAAUCGUUUAAAAGUGUUUUCAAACUAUUAUUGGUAACAAAGGUCCAAGCAUUCACUGACCAGAAUACACUCCUGAGCAUUCAGUUAGAAAUCAGGCACUGGUUGCUUGUUGCAUUUGAACAUUGCAAGUAACUCACUGCAGUUAAAUUGCAGUAAUUUUAGCAGUUAUUAAGUUUUCUUGGAGCCACUGUAUAUAAUAAGAUAAACGUAACUCAUGGUUUCACACAGUCUCGUUCUCAGUACUGCGUUGUGUAAGUGGAUCUGGUGAAGCAUUUACCAACACUGUGAUUUUUUUACACAACCGGUCUUAUCUCCGACCAACUCUUAAUUCUGUUUUAGAAACCUGAAUGCAAUAUGAACCAUAUGUAAGAGAUUAGUGAUUUUUUUUGUGGAUCUGUGUUUAUUAUUUUUUUUUAAUGGCAUGAAUGUUUAUGACCACUCCAUUUCAUUCUGAAGCAGAACUACAUGCAACAUAGCAACAAUACAAACCAUUUCACGAGAGAUGGCAAUAUCAGAUACAGAAAGCUGUAGACUUCAUUCAUUCAUCAAGAAUGUUUCCUAAUUCUGAUCCAUAGAAUUAUGAUUUUAAGUAUUUUUAAAAUAAAAAUGUGUAUAAUCUGUAGUGUAUUUGAUUUUCUUUUUAAAAACAAAUUUAUGGUAAUUUAAGUAUGUUAUGUUUGAAGGAUACAACACUAUUGCAACCAUUGUAACGUUUUAAGAUAAAAAAAAAAUAAAUAAAUGCAUUUAAA